UUGGCAGACAAUGGAUUAGACUGAGAUAUUUCCAUAACUUUUCUUAUCCCUUUUUCAGAUGCUACAAUGGCAUCUAACCUGGCAUCUAUCCUGACAUCUAACCUGACAUCUAACCUGACAUCUAACCUGGCAUCUAACCUGACAUCCAACCUGACAUCUAACCUGACAUCUAACCUGGCAUCCAACCUGGCAUCUAACCUGACAUCUAACCUGACAUCUAACUUGACAUCUAACCUGGCAUCUAACCUGGCAUCUAACCUGGCAUCUAACCUGACAUCUAACCUGACAUGUAACCUGACAUCCAACCUGACAUCUAACCUGACAUCUAACCUGGCAUCUAACCUGACAUCUAACCUGACAUCUAACUUGACAUCUAACCUGGCAUCUAACCUGGCAUCUAACCUGACAUCUAACCUGGCAUCUAACCUGGCAUCCAAUCUGACAUCCAACCUGGCAUCUAAUCUGGCAUCUAAUCUGACAUCUAACCUGGCAUCCAGACUGACAUCCAACCUGACAUCCAACCUGGCAUCUAACCUGGCAUCUAACCUGACAUCCAACCUGGCAUCUAACCUGGCAUCCAACCUGGCAUCCAACCUGACAUCUAACCUGACAUCUAACCUGGCAUCCCCACCUCUUCUUCUGGACUGUGGCGCUUUCAAUUAUGACGACCUAGAUGUGGUUAUCCCAUGUCUGUACUUUGUAAUUUUCCCGCUUGCCUUGCUGUUGAAUGGGGUCGCGUCCUGGGUCUCCCUGCACCUGAGCUCAACCUCCACCUUUAUGGUGUAUUUGAAUAACCUUGUGGCCGCUGACCUUCUCAUGACCCUGACCAUGCCUCUCAUUGCGGCCAGUAAACUUCCUAUGAAAUCUGUGGGGUUACGAGCGUUCUCCUGUCGCUACUCAGGAGUAAUCUUCUACACAUGCAUGUAUACGAGCAUCACUUUACUGGGCCUCAUCAGCCUGGACCGCUUCGUCAAGAUCAUCAGGCCCUAUGGCAGGUUGUUGGGUCAGAACCUUGUCUUCGGUAAGGUACUGUCUACCUUUGUGUGGGUGGUGCUGUUUGGAGCCACUGCUCUUCCUACCAUUAUCCUGACCAAUCAGGGUGCCAGCAACAAGACGGACGCUUCCUGUAUGUCCAUGAAGAGCCCAGCCGGGAUCAGACUUCAAACAGUUGUGUUUGUGUAAAUGGAUGUCUUGUUCUGGGCCAUGAGCAUACUGGUUGUAGUUUGCUACAUCUGCAUCACCAACAAGG